AUGACUGCCACCUUCCAUACGAUAUGCCUACAGGUUCCUUUUUAUGUGGGCGCGUUUAAUGGUGAAAAUCUUCCAGUACUUCAAAAAACACUAUUAGGAUGGAUUGUAUCUGGCAAGUACAAGGGUCAGCCAUUUGCAUCACCAGCAGCAAAAUGCCUAUUAUCAGUUGAAGAUACAGUCUCCGAUCAAUUAGAAAUGAUGUGGAAGAUAGAGGAAGUGCAAUCGGCUUCAAAAUCAUGGUCACCAGCACAUGUUGCGUGUGAGUCAUUAUAUCGUGAAACGGUUCACCAAAAUGCGAUGGGAAGAAUUGUCGUUCGGUUACCAUUCAAAGAUUCACCAGAUUGUCUUGGUUUGACACACAAUAUCGCCUUGCGCCGUUUUUAUUCUGUAGAACGGCGAUUGUCAUCUAAUCGUGCACUGAAGCAAGACUAUCAAGAAUUCAUGAAACAAUAUCGAGAGCUCGGACACAUGACGCGUGUUGAGACUCCGAAAACCAACGAACCUCAUUAUUAUAUCCCUCAUCAUUGUGUUUUAAAACCGUCGAGCACUUCGACCAAGCUGAGGGUGGUUUUUGAUGCGUCAUGUUCAACAACUUCGCAACGUUCAUUAAAUGAUAUUCUACUGGUCGGCCCGACAAUUCAGCCGGAGUUAUACUUGUUGCUACUUCAAUUUCGUUUGCACCGAUAUGCCUUGACGGCUGACAUUGUUAAGAUGUACCGACAGGUACUGAUAGAUGAACCAGAUCGAAAAUUCCAAUAUAUUUUUUGGCGAGAUACGGAGUCCGAUCCUGUUAGUACUUACGAGUUGAAUACAGUCACUUAUGGUACUGCAUCAGCACCUUUCCUAGCAACCAGGAGUUUGCAGUAUUUGGCGGACAAAUUUGAAACACAAUACCCAAUAGGCGCUGCACUCAUUAAAUCAGCGUUCUUUGUCGACGACUUCUUAGGUGGAGCAGAUUCCAUUGAUCAACUCACCAAUAUCAGACAUCAGUUAACGGCCAUUCUACAGAAGGGUUGCUUCGAUCUUGACAAAUGGCAUUCAAACCAUCAUGACUUCAUCAGCGAUACUACAACAAAGAGUUUGAAUCUUGAUACAGAUACAGUCACCAGCGCUCUAGGCCUCAAGUGGCACCAAAUGCAAGAUGUUUUCCUAUUUUCGUUCAAUGCACAACCAGGUCAUAUUGUAACAAAACGCACCAUCUUAUCCCUUGCGUCUUCAUUAUUCGACCCGCUUGGAUUACUAGCACCGAUCAUACUCGUAGCCAAAAUUAUGAUGCAAGAAUUGUGGCUUUUGCGUGUGGACUGGGACGAGUCAAUCCCUCAAAAUCUUCACUCAGCUUGGAAAACAUUUAUUCAAGAUCUUACAACGCUUUCAUCGGUUAAGGUGCCGAGAUACUGCCUAUCCAUAAACUAUCAACAGGUUGAUGUACACGGUUUCUGUGACGCUUCAAUACGCGCAUAUGGUUGCUGUAUAUUUCUCCGAUCACAAAACACAUCAGGUAAGGUGACGGUCAGGCUAUUCACUGCAAAAUCCCGUGUGGCACCUAUAAAGCGGAAGUCGCUACCUAAACUAGAACUCUGUGGUGCCUUACUUCUUGCCAAACUGUAUCAGAAGGUCCAACCAAUAUUUGCGCAAUUUAAGGGUGAAACGUUUUUUUGGACUGAUUCACAGAUUGUAUUACAUUGGUUGAAGCAGCACUCAUCAACCCUGUCUGCAUUCGUUGGCAAUCGAGUAGCGGAAAUUCAAGAUAUUACCGCAAAUGGGCAAUGGAGACACGUUCCUACCCAAUCCAACCCGGCAGAUGUUGUGUCGCGCGGCUGUAACAUCCGCCAAUUAUCAGAGUCUUGUUGGUUUACGGGGCCGGAAUUUUUGUUACUCGCUGAUAAAUACUGGCCGCAUUUGAAAUGUCACAACCUGGAUAUGGAAGAAGUCAAUAAAGAGACGCGAAAGGUUGUAUUCGUUAACACAAAUGAAGACAACUACGUAUUACAGGUAUUGUCAAGAUAUAGUUCAUACACUAAGAUGCUACGAGUAAUAGCGCAGGUACAGCGUUUUUAUCAUGUAACCAAGAAUAAAUUGAAGAACGGAGAAUGUACCCUCCAACCUAUUCAGCUACAAAAGGCAUUGCACUGUAUUAUUUGGGUCAUCCAACAGCAAUUCUUCGAAAUUGAUAUACAACGCCUACAACGAGGGAACCCAGCCAAAGGUACAUUAAAGCAUCUAAAUCCCUUCCUGGACAAUGUAUUCGGUUAUCAAUUACUAAAGGUGGGAGGUCGCCUCGAGCUGAGUGACAUCUCAGUAGGCCAACGUCACCCUAUUUUGUUGCCGAAGGGCUGUUAUUUUGUGGAACUUUAUGUUCGGCAUAUACACUUGUGCAACUAUCAUGCAGGCGCAAAAGCACUAAUUGCCCUUACUCGACUAAACUUCUGGAUAAUUAAUAUUCGAGAAAUUGCACGCCGAGUCGUGCACUCGUGUAUUCACUGCGUGCGUUAUAAACCCAAACUACUUAAUCAAAUGAUGGGUAAUCUCCCAAUCGAACGCCUCACUCCAAGCCGUCCAUUCGCGCGUACUGCGGUAGAUUUUUGCGGUCCGAUAUUAACGUAUCUCCGAAUUCGGGGACGGGUUCCAUAUAAGACCUAUAUAGCCGUGUUCGUUUGUUUGUCUACAAAGGCAGCUCAUCUAGAAGCCGUGUCAGACUUAUCUACGGAGGCAUUUAUUGCAGCACUGAAAAGGUUAAUCGGUAGACGAGGGUUACCAUCAGACAUCUAUUGCGAUAACGCCACAAACUUCGUUGGGGCUAACAACAAACUAGUAGAGUUAAAAAGGAUGUUUUUCGAGAAGUCUAAUCAAGUGAUGCUGCAGACCUUUUGCAGCAACCAAUUCAUAAAUUUCAAUUUUAUACCGCCCCGAGCACCUCACUUUGGAGGUCUAUGGGAAGCGGCUGUAAAAAGCGCGAAAGGCCAUCUGUAUCGAACACUAUCAAAUACUCGAUUCACCUUUGAGGAGCUUGGAACAGCACUGAUUGAAAUCGAAGCCAUCUUAAAUUCGCGACCAAUCACACCUCACUCUUGUGACCCGAGCGAUUACGAAGCGCUAACGCCGGCACAUUUUCUUAUCGGUGGGCCGCUCAAAACUUUAUCUGAACCAAGUCCUCAGUAUGAAGCUGCUUCAUUAAUUGAUAAAUGGUCUCGUAUAACCGCGGUCAAACAUCACUUCUGGCGCAGAUGGUCUAGAGACUAUCUGAAUGAGCUGCAGAUACGCACCAAAUGGACAGAAGAACAAUCUAACAUCACCGAGGGGGCUCUGGUUCUAAUCCAUGAAGACAAUAUGCCUCCACUACGCUGGUUGAUGGGCCGAAUCGUGCAUUGCAUCAGGGGUCCAGAUAAUUUGGUUCGUGUUGUUGAUGUGCAAACCCCAAAAGGAGUAAUACGGCGUCCAAUCCACAAACUCGCACUAUUACCAAUUGAAAAUCCUUUCAAGGGGGGCGGGAUGCGUUCUUCUCAACCGAACUUUAAAUAA